AAGAGCUAAAUUCGUCGACGAGCGAGUUGUUUAUAAAUUACGAAAUUCGGGACGGUACAGUGUUGGUUACUCGACGAGUUUAACUUUAAAUAUUUCUCAAGAAAAUUUACACGUUAUAAUCAAGAAAGCAAUGGAAAACGGCAGUGACGUUAUUAGGAUUAAAGAAGAACAGAGCGAUACUCUGACGGCUGCAGGCGAUGAUUAUGUUUUCGAUUCGGUGGAAUCUUGCAAAGCCGAAAACCUUGAAACUUUCACGUUUCGUAAAAUAUCAAAAAAUUUCAUGGAGUUGGAGUGCAAGAAGGUUAGAGAUGCUAAAACUGAAGUGACAUCUCUAUCUGCAACCCAUUUUGAGCAUCAAAGUAAUCCACCGAUUGUGAAAAUAGAAAACGAUAAUCCGACCAAUGAAAUAAAUGAAAAUAUAUUCAUUGAUUUUGAAUGCAAGUAUGAGAUCCCUGAACUGAAGUCUCUAUCAAAAACUACGUGCAAAUCUGAGUGUGAAAGUUGUCCACCUGCAGUGAAAACAGAAAACCAAAUGGCGAAUAAUUACUUGAACGAUAAAUUUCCAGACAAUUUACGAUUAAAACUUGACAAAUUCGAGGCUAUACAGAUUUUCGAAAAAAGAACUCCAACCAAAUUAUCCCAUAAGUUAAAUUCAUGUGAAAAAACGUAUGAAGGAAAGCUUCAAAGCUCACAUGAAUGAAGUGCAUGUUCGGAGCAAACCCUUUGAAUGUGAUACUUGCCACAAAUCAUUUGGACUAAAAAGUGAUCUCAAUCGUCACAUAAG